AUGACCAUGAAGAUGUACUUUCACGGUACCCUAGGAACUGACAUGCUUUGGUUCGCCUCGUGGAUGCCUUCUUCCGCUGGAGCUACUGUCGGCGUCUGUAUCGCGCUAUUCAUGCUCGCUAUCUUUGAGCGGUAUCUGAUGGCGUUCAGGCGGGCUUGUGAUGUCGCUUGGCGAAAAGGUCAAAUCGGCUACGCCCGUCCAACCGCUUCAGGACCCCUCCCCACAUCAACCACCGCCACAACCACCUCCACCCUAUCCCCUUCCAGCCUCUCCCAGCGCCACCGCUCCAACCCUUCCAUCCAAAAGACUACCUACAACGCCGUCUCCGCCCAAGACUAUCCCGUCAACCAGGAUCACCAGGACCCCGACGCCGACGCUGAGCCGGUCACGCCCUACACUGCCGGUACCCAGCCCAGCUCGGGGUCUUCUGCGCCUUCGUAUUCUUUGGCUCAGAUGCAAGGCACAGGGAGGAAGGCGGAGAAGGAGACGGUGGAGAAGAAGGAGAAGAGGGAGGAGGGGUACGCGCAUUUGCCGAAAGCUGUGCGAAGGGGCCUUGAUCCCGGACGAGAAGAUCGGUGGUCUCGCCCCUUCCGAUGGGGUGUCGAUCUUCCCCGGGGUCUACUGCAGGCUUUACAAACGACCAUCCACUAUCUCUUGAUGUUGGUGGUGAUGACGUUCAAUAUUUGGUGGUGUGUUGCUGUGAUCGCGGGGAGUGGGGUGGGGGAGAUGUUGUUUGGAAGAAUGGGGGCGAGUCAUGGUGGUCAUUGA